GUGGUGGUGAUGGUAGUGGUGGUGGUGGUGGUGGCGGCAGCGGCGGUGGCGGAGUGUGCGUGCCAGUGGGAAAGGUAAGAUGGCGGCGGACGGAGAUGCGGUGAUUCCGGACCAGGAAAAAGUGCGAAUAGUCUCGGAUUUUAUAUUGCACUCGCCGCCGGGCGAGUUCAACGAGGUGUUCAACGACGUCAGGGUCCUGCUCGCUCAGUAUAACAAGGACCAGCUCACGCCUGUUAAGAUAGAAGGAAGUGAGCAUCCAGCGCUCAUAACGGAACACAAUGACUUGGGUUCUCAGAGGUUUUACGAUGCGCGGAGUAAGCAAAGUUUUAAAUAUGAUCACCUGAGAAAGGAGGCACAAGAUUAUGAAUCUUACGAACCAGAUCCCUUAGCGGAGCCUUGGAGGUCAGCCCUUCAAGAAGAGAUAACGAAUUAUACUCAAAGUCAUUAUAGACAUGGCGCUUGCUCAGUUUUUGGAAAAUCCCUUGGAGGAAACAUAACGCUAACGGCAUGCAUAGAAGAUCAUCAGUUUCAACCUAAAAAUUUCUGGAACGGCCGCUGGCGUUCAGUGUGGACCGUCAGUUUCACCCCAAGUUCGGGUAACGCUGAACUGAGAGGUAGUCUCAAAGUACAAGUACAUUAUUAUGAGGAUGGAAAUGUACAAUUGGUCAGUAGCAAAGACGUGAAGGAGAGCCUGCCGAUCUCCAAUGAGAAGCAAACGGCGAAGGAUUUAAUACGGUUUGUCGAGGAAUCUGAAAAUGAUUAUCAAACGGCAAUUUCCGAGAACUAUCAAACAAUGUCCGACACCACCUUUAAAGCACUGCGAAGGCAAUUACCAGUAAUGCGAACAAAAAUUGACUGGAACAAAAUUGUGUCGUACAGUAUUGGCAAAGAGCUUAAAAGUCAAUAGAAAUAAAUUUUUUUAUAUUAAAAGAAAUAAUUAAAAAAAAGCGCAUUUUGCUGCAUGAGUGAAGUCUGGAGGUGUGAUGUGCAUGGGAGCAAAUUACACUAUUAAAUAACGUCUGACUAGAGAUAUUCGACUCAUGCAUGCCACUCAAGGUUCCUCUUGACUCCAUAUUGUAUGUUGUUACAAGAAGCAAUAAAACAAGAAGGUCAACA